GUAAUAACAAUUUUCAAGGAUGAGUAAUGAAAACGAACCCUUGUUGGGACAGACUGAAGAGCGCCAUGUACCUACUGUCUGGUCUUCCUUCAAAGUAACCUUGUAUUCCUCCUAUAUCAAUUACUUUUUGAUCUUUGUGCCUAUUGCUAUUGUCUUUUCUAUCUUGGACGCGUCCCCUACUGUUGUCUUUACUCUCAAUUUUAUUGCCAUCAUUCCUCUCGCUAAACUCUUAGGCUUUGCAACCGAGGAAAUCGCCUUGAGAUCAGGUUCUACCAUCGGCGCCUUAUUGAAUGCUACUUUUGGUAACGCUGUUGAACUUAUUUUGGGUAUUAUCGCUUUAAAAGAGGGAUUAAUUAGAGUUGUCCAAGCAUCGGUUUUGGGUUCUAUACUGUCUAAUCUUUUGCUCGUGCUCGGCUUUUGUUUCUUCUUGGGUGGUGUAAACCGAACUGAACAAAAAUUCAAUGUUACAGCUGCUCAAACGUCCUGCUCUCUCUUGGCUUUAACCACCCUCUCAUUGCUUGUUCCUGCAGCAUUUUCGGCUUCUACCCCUGACGAUCAAGAAGAUAAAGAAGGCAUCCUUCAGCUCAGUCAUGGAGUGUCUAUUGUUUUAUUGAUCGUCUACCUUCUGUAUUUAUUCUUUCAGCUCAAAACACAUACAUUCUUGUAUGAAGAUGAGGAAGAUGAAACAGAGUUUCCUACCACAACACUUGGCUUUUCUGUCGGAUCACUUCUUGUGAUUGCUUGUGUUGUAUCUGUCCACGCUGAAUAUCUUGUUGGAGCAAUCGAAGGUGUUGUAGAACAUUGGGGUAUCAAUCAAACGUUUGUUGGUAUUAUUCUUCUCCCUAUUGUUGGUAAUGCGGCGGAACAUGUCAGUUCUGUUACGUUUGCCCUUAAAGAUAAGAUGAAUUUGUGUAUCGGUAUUGCUGUUUCAUCUUCUCUCCAGAUCGGCUUAUUAGUUUCUCCUGUACUUGUCUUGACUGGUUGGGCUAUUGGUCAGCCAAUGACAUUAUUCUUUGAGGAUUUUGAAACAGUCAUCUUAUUUGCAAGUGUUUUAAUUGUAAAUUACUUGAUUCAAGAUGGUAGAUCAAACUGGUUGGAAGGUGUCUUAUUACUGUCUUCUUAUGUCAUCAUUGCCAUGGCAUUUUACUUGUAUCCUAAAUAAAUAAAUAAUAAAAAAAU